UUAAAAAAAAAAAAAAAAAAAAAAAAAAAGUUCUCCCCGUUUUAAAAAAGGGGAGGGUGGGGGGGAGAAUCAGACGUUAAAUUCUUUUGCAAACAUUCAUGCCUAAGGAAGGGCUGGAACAGGCAGCCCCGGCCGCCGCCGGAACCGGUCGGACAGGUAAGCGAGCUUGUUGACACCGUUAUGUUGCAGGGCGCAUGCUCACUCCCAAGUUUCCUGGUGCCUUUUCUAUUCCACCUUAUGAAACUUUACCGCGGCGUGGUCUCAUCCCGCGAUUGAAGGCAUAGGUGUCGCCUGGCCGGGGGCCUGGGAGCCGCCAGGAGCGCCGGGUGGAGGCCGGGGCCGGCCAAGGCGGGGGGCGGGGGAGAGGGUCGGCUAAGGCGGGAAGGUGGGCUCUGGCCCCCGGCAGCCGCGACCCAGACAGACAUCGCUGCGGGUCCCUAGCGGGGAGCCGCCGGGACCAGGGGGCCGGGAGGGGGCCUCGCCAUGCCCAAAGUCUUCCUGGUAAAGCGGAGGAGCCCGGGGGUCUCAGUCCGCAGCUGGGAUGAGCUCCCGGACGAGGAGAGGGCGGACACCUACAUCCCAGGCGCGGCCGCUCCCUUCCCGGCGGGUCUGGGCCGCCUGCUCUGCGACCCCCACGAGGACUGCCGCAGCGACGGCGGCAGCAGCAGCGGCGGAGGCAGCAGCUGCGCGGGGGAUCCCGGGGGCACCGAGAGCAACUCGUCCGCGCGCACCCCCGAGCGCGAAACCCCGGAGCCCGGCGAUGCCGAGGACCCCGGCGGACACCUGGCGGCGGAGCAGCGCCCAGUCGCCAGAUCGAAAAUCAAGAUAAUUGGAUGCCCCUCUCCCUGCCUCCAUUGUAACUCACUGAUCAUCUCCUUGACUGCACAUUUGGCUGACCAGACACCUCUUGAACAGGACACACCAAAGUUCACCACAGGCACAUGCAGCGACCCGGCAGUUCACAGCUGUGACCUGUGUGGCAAGAGCUUCCGCCUACAGCGUAUGCUCAACCGGCACCUCAAGUGCCACAACCAGGUGAAGAGGCACCUGUGCACCUUCUGCGGCAAGGGCUUCAAUGACACCUUUGACCUAAAGAGGCACGUCCGCACGCAUACAGUUGGAAGGCUCUGGCUUGGCCAUGACCAACCGGUGAUAUGUCUGCCCCUUGCCCUUGCAGGCAUUCGCCCCUACAAAUGUGAUGUCUGCAACAAAGCCUUCACCCAGCGCUGCUCCUUGGAGUCCCACCUGAAGAAAAUCCACGGGGUGCAGCAGCAGUAUGCCUACAAGCAACGCCGGGACAAGCUCUACGUCUGUGAGGAUUGUGGCUACACAGGCCCCACCCAGGAGGACCUGUACCUGCACGUGAACAGUGCCCACCCGGGCAGCGCGUUUCUCAAAAAGACAUCCAAAAAACUGGCAGCCCUUUUGCAAAGCAAGCUGACAUCCACCCUCCAGGGGAGUGCCAACCUGAGCGAGGAGGAGGAGAAGUGAGGAGGAAGAGGAAGGGGGAGACGCCAACGCUAACACGUUUACACGAACUUUUGGUUUUGAGGAUCCCACUGGCUCUUUCUAAUGACAAGUGUUCCGUUUAUCUCUCUGUCCUUUUGGGGCCUCGGCAGGGGGAUCUGCCCCAGGGCUGUCGGUUGUAAUGAUUGUGUCAGGUACCCCGUAACCCAGGCCCCGCUGAACACACUCACGUUCACGGAAGUUGAUCGGUGGGUGGCUGUGGUCACCGUGCAGGACUUUUUGUGUGUGUUUUAGGAAUUUCAUACACGGAAGCAGAUGUGUUCUUAGAGAGACCAUCAUAUUAUGGUGCCUUGAAAUAAAAGUACUUCCACUUGAAAUGCUA